AUGGCCACGCAGCCGUCUGCCAACUGCGGAAAGAGAAGAGUUAGCUCUCCUCUGGAGGAUCUCUCCCACCGUAGAGCGAGAAUAGAUUCUUCAAGCCGCACGUACAACAACUGGUCUGUCCCAGGAGGCGUUACACCGUCAUUAGAGAAUAUGGACAAAUUGCGAGAAUCAGCCACGGAAGCGUUCGAACCCCGAGCGCAGCAAGAGCUUUGCUCUUCAGAUGACUACAAUGAUAUGGGCUUCGAGCUCGAACUAGCAAUGAUUAGCGAAAUGCAGACACUGGAGAAAAAUUUGACAGCAUCAUCGAGCUCUACUACCGAUGAGCAAUUCCAUUGUGACGGUAUCGACGACGCCGCGCUCCAAACUCUCUUGGAGGAAAGCACGGGAGCAAUAGGAGAACAUCCCCCUUCAAGUGUAGUUCGGGCCUUUGAUGUCGAGUCAAGGUUUGCCGAAGACUACGACCCCAACCUACAGUUUUCCUCCCCGCAAACCAAUGAAAGCAAUGAGACAAUUGGUAGCUGUACCAGCAUCCAGUCUACGGAAACGGUUGAUUGGGAAGACAUUCGUCAGCAAGCCUCAAGCUCCCAGCAAGCAGUCAGUGAUGUUUCCGGCUGUGAGCAGACACCGGGCCACAGGGCUCCUCUAAAGCUUCGCAACGGCCAUUCUCUUCUCUCCCCGCAACCAUCCGCUCCCACGCCACAGGCCUCAUGGACAGCUGCCCCCGUCAAUAUGCGCUUGUUCAAUCCAUCCCGUACAUGUUUUCGACUUCGUGAAAUCACAGAGUCCAAGGCAGCCAUGAUGCAGCGCCAACCCCACGCUGUGUAUAAUGUCUUUGCUCGCGUGUUGUACUCUAGUCGAGAGAACUUCUUUCGAAGGCAACAUUUCCAACUACGGGACUUGCUAUCAGAGUCGCCGCCAUAUCUCACAGGAUCCCUGUUAGGCUAG